AUGACUGGCAGCAGUUGUCCUUAUUCAAGCACAGUUUCAUGUGGUGAAAUUGCAGCAGCCAUUUUCUGCACCAAAACCCGCAUUGCGUUAUUUAGCUCUUCCAUCAUUUUCUCCUGCAGUUGUUGGAUGAAAUCUUGGCCUGAACAAUUUCUUUUUUUUCUAUUUGUAUCUCUGUUUCUGUCUCUCAUUCUCUCGUUCUGUUUGUGUCUCCCCGUCCGUCCGUGUUUCUCUCUCCGUGUCUCUCUCUCUCUCCCCGUCCGUCCGUGUUUCUCUCUCCGUGUCUCUCUCUCUCUCUCCCCGUCCGUCCGUGUUUCUCUCUUCGUGUCUCUCUCUCUCUCUCUCUCCCCUGUCCGUCCGUGUUUCUCUCUCCGUGUCUCUCUCUCUCUCCCCGUCCGUCCGUGUUUCUCUCUCCGUGUCUCUCUCUCUCUCCCCGUCCGUCCGUGUCUCUCUCUCUCUCCCCGUCCGUCCGUGUCUCUCUCUCUCUCCCCGUCCGUCCGUGUCUCUCUCUCUCCCCGUCCGUCCGUGUCUCUCUCUCUCUCCCCGUCCGUCCGUGUUUCUCUCUCUCUCCCCGUCCGUCCGUGUUUUCUCUCUCUCCCCGUCCGUCGUGUUUCUCUCUCUCCCCGUCAAAUCCGUGUUCUCUCUCCGUGUCUCUCUCUCUCUCUCCCCGUCCGUCCGUGUUUCUCUCUCCGUCUCUCUCUCUCUCUCUCUCCCCCCCGUCCGUUUUCUCUCUUCGUGUCUCUCUCUUCGUGUCUCUCUCUCUCUCUCCCCGUCCGUCCGUGUUUCUCUCUCUCCGUCCGUCUCUCUCUCUCUCUCCCCGUCCGUCCGUGUCUCUCUCUCUCUCCCCGUCCGUCCGUGUUUCUCUCUCCGUGUCUCUCUCUCUCUCCCCGUCCGUCCGUGUUUCUCUCUCCGUGUCUCUCUCUCUCUCCCCGUCCGUCCGUGUUUCUCUCUCGUGUCUCUCUCUCUCUCCCGUCCGUCCGUGUUUCUCUCUUCGUGUCUCUCUCUCUCUCCCGUCCGUCCGUGUCUCUCUCUCUCCCCGUCCGUCCGUCUCUUUCUCUCUCCCCGUCCGUCCGUCUCUCUCUCUCUCUCCCGUCCGUCCGUGUCUCUCUCUCUCUCUCCCGUCCGUCCGUGUCUCUCUCUCUCUCUCCCCCGUCCGUCCGUGUCUCUCUCUCUCUCCCGUCGUCCGUGUCUCUCUCUCUCUCUCCCCGUCCGUGUCUCUCUCUCUCCCUCUCUUUCUCUCUCCCCGUCCGUCCGUCCGUCUCUUUCUCUCUCCCCGUCCGUCCGUCCGUCCGUCUCUUUCUCUCUCCCCGUCCGUCCGUCCGUCUCUUUCUCUCUCCCAAAUCCGUCCGUGUCUCUCUCUCUCGUCCGUCCGUCCGUGUCUCUCUCUCUCUCUCCCCGUCCGUCCGUGUCUCUCUCUCUCUCUCCCCGUCCGUCCGUGUUUCUCUCUCCGUGUCUCUCUCUCUCUCUCCCCGUCCGUCCGUGAUUCUCUCUCCGUGUCUCUCUCUCUCUCCCUCCCGUCCGUCCGUGUUUCUCUCUCCGUGUCUCUCUCUCUCUCUCUCCUCCCCGUCCGUCCGUGUUUCUCUCUUCGUGUCUCUCUCUCUCUCUCCAAAUCCGUCCGUGUUUCUCUCUUCGUGUCUCUCUCUCUCUCCCGUCCGUCCGUGUUCUCUCUCCGUGUCUCUCUCUCUCUCCCCGUCCGUCCGUGUCUCUCUCUCUCUCUCUCCCCGUCCGUCCGUGUCUCUCUCUCUCCCCGUCCGUCCAUGUUUCUCUCUCUCUCUCUCUCUCCGUGAGUCCCUCUCUCUCUCUCUCUGUCCGUCCGUGUUUCUCUCUCCGUCUCUCUCUCUCUCCGUGAGUCCGUGUUUGUGUGUCUCUCUCUCUCUCUUUGUUUGUCUCUCUCCGUGUCUUUUUCUCUCUCUCUCUCUCUCUCUGUGUGCUUUAAUUCUUCUUCAUUCUUAUCUUUUUUUUACGCGAUGUCUACACGCGAAGUCGUUUGAUCACAAAACAUUUCGCACGCUAUCUCUCCUCUUUCAAUUAAUAAAUAUUUCAUUCCUGGUCGCGGUACCUAUACGCGAGAAUACGAAACGACGUUCUUUCUUGGCAACACAGCAUGUCGAUAAUCAUUAA